AUUAUUUUAAUGGAUUUUAUAGUCUUGUUGGUAAUAAUUUGAUAGGGACGAUGAGAAGACAAUGGCAGCAGACGAUAUAAGGAAGAGGUUGAAGGGCAAAUAUGUAGUCUCGACCAUUCCUAAAUUUAUGUUCUAACGCCAUCUCCGUCCUCUCUUUCUACUCACACACCAAGGAAAUGGAGCUCCAACCCUCUACUCCAUGCCCAAUACCAGACCUUCAAAAUCCCAACAAUGGCGUUCCUACUUCUGCCCAACAUACCCAUCUCUUCUCUGAAGAUGUUGACAGCACUUGCUCCACUCCUUACGUUAGUGCUCCCUCUAGCCCCGGCCGUGGUCCUGGUCCUGGUCCUGGUCCUAUUAAUGGUGGCUUCUUUUAUAGUUGCCCAGCAAGCCCAAUGCACUUCGCUACAACAACAACUGCUUCUUCUUACUCUGCAUCAGCUGUGUCUUCACCGGAUAAUGGUAACGGCUCUGUGCCUAUUGGGUAUGAGUUUGAAUUCUCUGCAAGACUUGGGUCGAGUGGUUCGGGUCAAACUGGGUCCAUGAGCUCGGCUGAUGAAUUGUUUUUUAACGGGCAGAUCCGUCCCAUGAAGCUAUCCACACAUUUGGAGAGACCCCAAGUACUGGCUCCGUUGUUGGAUCUUGAAAAUGAGGAUGAAGAGGAGGACGAUAUGGAUAUCAAGAACGAUGGAAGAAUAGUUAGUGACGAGAGUACGAGAGGCAGAGAUCUGAGAUUGCGUGAUAAAUCCUUGCGUAGAAGAACCAGAUCUAUGUCUCCACUAAGAAGUACUUCUUUUGAGUUUGCUAAUGAUGACGAAGAUAGCAAAAAGAACCAGAUCGAUGGCUCCACUGGUGAAUCUUGUGAGAGUUCUUGUUUGGAAGCUGAUGGAAACAUAAAGACUGAGGAGGCAGCAACUCCAUCAGUUUCUGCAUCUUCUUCUAGGUCAUCAUCAGCUGGAAGGAACUCAAAAAGAUGGGUAUUCUUGAAAGAUUUUCUUUACAGAAGCAAAAGUGAAGGGAGGAGCAAUAACAAGUUCUGGUCUAACAUAUCUUUUUCACCAGCAAAGGAAAAGAAGUCCAUGAGCACAGCAGGUGCGCAAGUUCCUGCCACAACAAAAGAGAAGGUUGGCACUGCCCCAGCUGUGUCUAUGGAGAAUCAGAAAGUGAAGGGAAGUGGAAUGGCUUCAGGCAAGAAGCCAGUGAAUGGGGUGGGGAAGAGAAGGGUACCAACAUCACCUCACGAGUUGCAUUAUAAGGCAAGUAAAGCACAGGCUGAGGAGAUGAAGAAGAAGACCUUUCUGCCUUAUAGACAAGGACUACUUGGGUGCUUAGGGUUUAGUUCAAAGGGUUAUGGAGCCAUGAAUGGAUUUGCUAGAGCUCUGAAUCCAGUAUCCUCAAGGUAAAAUCUAUGAGUCUAAAGGAAUUGUAUAGAUCUUAUUAUCAUUAUUUUUUUAAUAUUUUUCUUUGUGUAGUUUAAUGAUGAUAUAUGUAUUUAUUAUUGGGUCUGGUCUUGUUCUUCUCUCUUUGUUAAAAAGAGAAGUUCCUGAUCCUUGUAUUUUGUACCCUCUCAUAGUCAUAGGGUUGAAUUAACUGUAAGCCAUGAGAAAGCUCAAUCUAUUACUUCUGGUUGAGUAAACAACUUGGGAUCAUAAUGAAAUAGUGGCCUAAUUGGAUUA